AUGAAGAAAGAAGCUCUUCUCAAGUUCUUUGCAAAGCGCCCAUGGAUACAACUUCCAAACAGAGAGAGUCCAAUUCCACGAAUUAUACAAAUUCUCAGAGCACUGUUCCACUUCUCAGGACGGCCGUUCUACAUAACCUGUGAAGGCGACAUCCAACCAGUUCUAAACCUUAACGUUUAG